CAAAAUUUUGGUAUUUGAAUAACUGAAAUCUAAUCCGAUCCGAACCGAAGUAUUUUGGGUAUCCAAAAUAGAUUUAUAUACUUAUAUAUAUUAAUUAUUUUUAGAUUUAAUAUAUAUAAAAAUAUCCAGAAUAUAUAUGAUGUAAAUAUAUACAAAUAAUCAAACGUAAAUACUUAAAUAUAUGAUGUAAACUUUUAAGUUCGCUUAAAUGCUUGAAAAUAUGAUGUAAACUUCUAAGUUUGCUUAAAUACUUAUAUAUAUGAUGUAAACUUUUAAGUUCACUUAAAUGCUUGAAAAUUUAUACAAAUAAUCAAACGUAAAUAUCUUAAAUAGUUUAAAUAUACUCAAAACUCCAAAAAUACUUAAAUAAUUAUUAAUUUUUUAUCCAAAUAUUUAAACUAAACCUAUUUAAAUUGGACUUCCAAUUUUUAGUAGCAUAAGCCCAUUAUUUUUUUUCCUAACUUACUACUAUCUAUGUUUCCAAACAGUACUAUUUUUUUUAACUACUAUCUAUAUUGCCAAACAAUCUCAAUGUGUACUUCAACUUUAAUAAUAUAGAUAGCUCUUAAGCACAUGUUUUAUAUGAUUCUAUUCAGGCCUGGCCCUACGAACCUUUCCCUCUUGUUCAGACAUUUUUCAAGUGGUUUUGUUAGUGACAAGAUACUCUAUGUCUCAAAGAUCCAAACCUUGAGAUUAAAGUUGCAAGGCCUCGCAGAAAAGUAUUUGGAGGAAGGGUUGAUCACCUGGUUUGGGACUCGGCAAGAGUUAAAUCACGAAUGAAAGAAAAAAAACAUUUGUUUAUUGUUUAUUAGAAUUCUUUCUUUGAUUCUUUAAACACAAUAUAGAUGUACUUGAUGUAAAAAGAUUUGGAUUUAAUAAAUUUUACAUUCAUUCAAAAAAUAGAUAUUCCCACUGCUUGCUUAAAGCAAAUGCUAGAACAAAGGGCGGAGUUUCGACCAGUGGCAGGUAUUCCAAAGCUGUACGACACAUCCAUAUCGCUUUAAUCAGAUCUUCCUUUCUUAAAAAUUAUCGUAUGAAAACUUCGUACGUCAAAAGCUUAUAAGCAACACACUUGAUGUAGAGUUGUGUAAGUAAUAAACUUAUUUGAAAAAUAAACUUUUAGAUGCAACUUGUGUGGAAAUAAAAAUCUCAAUAUUAUAUAUACCUUAUAAACUUAAUUUGUUUUGUUAUAAUUGAAAUAAAACAUGUAUAUUUGUAGCCGAUUGUGUGAUUGUUAAAUGUGCACUUGUUGUUGUUUCAGUCUCAAGCUUUAGACCAUUCUAUGUGGUCUAUAUUUCACGGGGAUACAUCUCCAUUUUCAGUUCAAUUGGAGUAGAAUUCAUAGCUGUUUAUGUGUUCUGUAUGUCUACAUUUAUUCUGUUUUUAUAUGUGCUCAGCUUUAGUCAUAGCUGUUUCUUUUGCUAGUAUGGCUUUUAUUAUCAUUUAUGUAUUGUGAACAUUUUUUCUUCUGAUGGAGGAGUUAGAAUCUAUAAAAUGUUGUUUAAUAAAAAAAAUGUAUAUUUAGUUUUAUAAUUAUUAAAUUAAAAAAAUAUAAAAUAUUUUUGGGUUUAAAAAUAGCUAUGUUUAUCUUUGCAAGGAUGGAAAUGUGAUUUGAAUAGUGGAAAAUUAGGUGUAAAUGACUUAGAAAAUAUAUAACAAAUAAAAUUUUAAUAAUUAAAUUAAACAUAAAAAUAUUUUUUCAAUCAUAAAAUAUUUAAUUAAAUAAAUAUCGAAAAUAUGAUUUAGAAAAUAUAUAACAAAUACAAUUUUAAUAAUUAAAUAUAUUUUAAUUUGAUAAAGAUAAUAUAUAUUUUAUAAAUAAUUCACACUGGCGAUUUCAAGGACAUCCAAGUAAUUAUUACUAUCCAGAGGACAGAACAAAUGUUCAUUUUAUUUUGUAAAGAUAUUUAAGUAACAUUAUUAAAAACGUUACUAUAGGGCCUAGUUUAGUCUCAAAUUACAAAGAAGUUAAUUAGCACUCCAAACCAGGAGUCAUUUACUUCAACUGUAAUUCCAUGAAAAUCUCUAUUUUAAUAAAUACACCUUUUCCUUAACAUUCGGUUUUCGCGUUUACAUAUUGCUGUCCAUUGAGAGAACCCACAUAAGGAAACAAAACUGUUAUUUUGCUAAAAAUAACUGUAAGAGCCUCUAAUCACAACCUGAAUAAACUAAACUAUACCAAAUCAAGUGCCUGUCAGUUCCAAGGCCAAUGGCAUGGAAGUUAGAAUCUUUCAAGCUUUAUAUACAAAUCAACCAUUUCUCCAAGUUUCCAUCUGAGCGAGCUGCUUGAAGAAAAACAAACCCUGAAUCCUUCUCACUUGUUCUAAACUCUGGUUUCUAGGUAAUGGCGUGCCAUGGAUUUCUUGCGACACCGACCCCGAGAUCACAUGGAAGGACCAAAUGUUUGGCUGCAGCUGGCUCCAUAUUCACAUCCCUCAACACGUCUAUCUUCACAUUCCACAACCGCCUCUUGCGUUGCAUUUCCAGGUUUUUCCGUCCUUCCACCACAGCUACCGCAACUCCUAGCCGUCUAGUAACCAAGAAACAAGGCUACAAAAAGCUCGAGAAACACGAGCAUCAUCAGAGAAAACGUAACGACAAGAAAAGAACCAUCGUUCUUGAUCUUGAUGAAACAUUGGUGCACUCAUCGAUGGAACCACCAGCCCGAGUUAACGUCGAUUUCAUGGUGAGGAUAAAGAUGCAAGGAACGGUUAUACCGAUGUUUGUGGUGAAACGACCAGGAGUUACCGAGUUUCUUGAACGGAUCGGUAAGAACUACCGAGUGGCGGUUUUUACAGCCGGGGUGCCGGAAUAUGCUUCACAGGUUUUGGAUAAACUUGACAAGAACCGCGUGAUCUCACAGAGGUUAUAUCGAGACUCGUGCACAGAAAUGAACGGGAGAUAUGCUAAAGACUUAUCUCUGGUGGCGAGGACAGACUUCGGGAGUGUUUUGCUAGUUGAUGAUAACCCUUUCUCUUACUCGUUGCAGCCGGAUAAUGGAGUUCACAUUAAGCCUUUUGUGGAUGACAUGGAAGAUCAAGAACUGAUGAAACUUGCAGAGUUUUUUGAUGGUUGUUAUCAGUACGAAGAUUUAAGGGAUGCAGCAUCAGGACUUCUAUCCAACAGACUGAUUUGAUGCACAUCUGGCUUUUAUUUGCAUGUUCUUAUUUCAGUUUAGUUUUUGGAUGAUUUCUUUCU